AUGCUUAACUAAGCCUUUCUCUUCACAGUACUUGAGGAACGCUUCCACAAAAUAUACUAAGGGAAUGUUCUUGCCUUGGAAUCUAUUCAAUACUUUAAAUUAAAGAACAUUCGAACUAUUAUAGUUAUUGGAUAAUAAAAUCAUACUAAAUUUAUAGAGUAUGCUACCUAUCAUAGACUAAAUGAUGGCAUUGGAGAGGCUAUAAAUAUUUUUGAAAAGACUUGCCAACUGAUUUAGAAUGAAAUCAAACGUUCUUCGAUAUUAGUAUGUUGUUAGAAUGGAUUAAAUUGGAGUACAGCUGUAAUGAUAGCAUAUCUAAUAAAAAUUAAGUAAUGGCAAUAUGAGAAGGCCUUUUAUUACAUUAAAUCUUUAUAAUCUUUAGUAAACCCAUCACUAGCACUAAAAAAAUAAUUGAUUUUAUAUAACACUAAAGUUCAUAGCAUGAAAAAUUUAAAUCAUGAAAACAGGAUAAAACAUUAGAGUCUGAUUGUGCCCUCUAAGUUCCAACAAAGGAUUAUUGAGCAAAGCCAAAAACAACAAUAUUUGAAUGAUUCUAUAUAAUCUGAAGAAGAAAGACAUUCAAUUAGUUCUAAUUAACUUGAUAAGACUCCUGUUUUCAAUUCCCCGAAAAAUAAUAAUGUAAACAAGAAAUUAGUUGUUGUUGCGCAAUCAGAUAUUAAAAUUAUGAAGAAAUAGAGUAUUACAAAAUUAGUAAGACAUAUAAGAAAUUAUACAUUCUAAAUAGAUGAUACAAAUAUUAAUAUUAAUACUAAUAAUCCUAAUGAAAAGAAUUUGAUUAAUUAGCGAAUAAUUAUUAACUCUCCAAAAUUCAAAGACGAAGAAGAUCCUGUUGUCUUAAGACACAGAAGAAGAAGACAUGCACAUAGAACCAAAAGCGCAAUUAAUUAUGGUUGA